CGAUCGCGGCCGGAGACACAGCCGAGCCCCAAACUGCCACUCUCACGACUAAACUGGAUCUCUUGUUUCAGAGGUUCUGGGCCACAAUAGAAGCAAGACAGCAAUCUGAGCUGACGACCAGCUCUCAAACCUCAGACACAUCACCACAAACGACUCACCCACUCCAAUCCACGUCAUCCUUGAGGCCUCCUGGAAGCCCGACAAGCCGCAAAGCACCUUUGUCUCCACAGCAGAGACCAAAAGAACACAGCCCUGACCAGCUCUCAAGCCCUGACGCUGAACCAACCACAGAGCAAGGCCUACUUAAAGCCCAAAGAUCAGGGACACUUAGUCUCCUAACUCCUCAAAAUGGUGGCUCCAGUACUAGCACGGAUCCGGGGACAUCAGCUGAAGGCUCACUGUACGUGCUUUCAAGCGACAUAAGCCUACCCCCGAGGUGUCUGAGUACCCAUCCCCAUCGGGGAUCUGGUGAAAAG